GGAGGGGAGAGCGGGUCACGACGUUGCCGGGGCGGGGAUAACCCCUCACGUGGAGCAGAUGAAAGGGCCGCGGCGCGACGCCCGGGGGAGCCGAGCAGAGCCUGCGACCCACAAAGCCGCCGCCGCCGCCGCCGCGAUGGGGCUGUGAGGCGUCCGCCCGCGCUCGGUCCUCCGCCGGCCCGCGACUAUGCCCGGCCGCGCCCGCCCUCCGCGCCCUCCCGCCGCAGGACCAUGAGGCCGCGCUCGGGCGGGCGCCCAGGGGCCCCGGGCCGCCGCCGCCGCCGCCUCCGCCGCCGCCCCCGCUGCCCCCGCGGCCGCCGCCUGCCGCCGCCGCCGCCGCUGCCGCUGCUGCUUGGGCUGUUGCUGGCGGCCGCGGGGCCCGGCGCGGCGCGGGCCAAGGAGACGGCGUUCGUGGAGGUGGUGCUGUUCGAGUCGAGCCCGAGCGGCGACUACACCACCUACACCACCGGCCUCACGGGCCGCUUCUCGCGGGCCGGGGCCACGCUCAGCGCGGAGGGCGAGAUUGUGCAGAUGCACCCACUGGGCCUGUGUAAUAACAAUGACGAAGAGGACUUGUAUGAAUAUGGCUGGGUAGGAGUGGUGAAGCUGGAACAGCCAGAACUGGACCCGAAACCAUGCCUCACUGUCCUCGGCAAGGCCAAGCGAGCCGUGCAGCGGGGAGCCACUGCAGUCAUCUUCGAUGUGUCUGAAAACCCAGAAGCUAUCGACCAGCUAAACCAGGGGUCAGAAGACCCACUCAAGAGGCCAGUGGUGUACGUGAAGGGCGCAGACGCCAUCAAGCUGAUGAACAUUGUCAACAAGCAGAAAGUGGCUCGAGCAAGGAUCCAGCACCGCCCUCCUCGACAACCCACGGAAUACUUUGAUAUGGGGAUCUUCCUGGCCUUCUUCGUCGUGGUCUCCUUGGUCUGCCUGAUCCUCCUUGUCAAAAUCAAGCUGAAGCAGCGACGCAGUCAGAAUUCCAUGAACAGACUGGCCGUGCAGGCCCUGGAGAAGAUGGAAACCAGGAAGUUCAACUCCAAGAGCAAGGGGCGCCGGGAGGGGAGCUGCGGGGCCCUGGACACGCUCAGCAGCAGCUCCACAUCCGACUGUGCCAUCUGCCUGGAGAAGUACAUCGAUGGAGAGGAGCUGCGGGUCAUCCCCUGUACUCACCGCUUUCACAGGAAGUGCGUGGACCCGUGGCUGCUGCAGCACCACACCUGCCCCCACUGUCGACACAACAUCAUAGAACAAAAGGGAAACCCGAGCGCCGUGUGCUUGGAGACCGGCAGCCUGGCGCGCGGCCGGCAGCAGAGGGUGAUCUUGCCGGUGCACUACCCCGGCCGCGUACACAGGGCCAGCGCCAUCCCCGCCUACCCCACGAGGACGAGCAUGGACGCCCACGGGAACCCUGUCACGCUGCUGACCGUGGACCGGCGCGGGGAGCAGGGCCUCUUCCCGCCGCAGACCCCCGCCUACAUCCGCGGCUACCCGCCCCUCCACCUGGACCACAGCCUGGCCCCUCACCGCUGCGGCCUGGAGCACCGGCCCUACUCGCCGGCCCCCCCUUUCCGCAGGCCCAAGUUCGGCGGCCGCAGCUUCUCCAAGGCAGCUUGCUUCUCCCAGUACGAGACCAUGUACCAGCACUACUACUUCCGGGGCCUCAGCUACCCCGAGCAGGAGGGGCAGCCGCCUCCCGGCCUCGCCCCCGGGGGCCCGGCUCGGGCCUUCCCCCCGGGCGGCGGGGGCGGCGGCGGCAGCGGCCUGCUCUUCGCCCCCGCGGUGCACGCGGCCCCGGCCUCGCACCUGGAGAGCGGCAGCGCGUCCAGCUUCAGCUGCUACCACGGCCACCGCUCGGUGUGCAGCGGCUACCUGGCCGACGGCCCGGGCAGCGACAGCAGCAGCAGCAGCGGCAGCUCGGGCCAGUGCCGCUGCUCCUCCAGCGACUCGGUGGUGGACUGCACGGAGGUCAGCAACCAGGGCGUGUACGGGAGCUGUUCCACCUUCCGCAGCUCUCUCAGCAGCGACUACGACCCCUUCGUCUACCGCAGCCGCAGCCCCUGUCGCGCCGGAGACGUGGGGGGCUCAGGCCGGGGGCCCGUGGUGCGCCUCGAGGGCUCCCCGCCCCCCGAGGAGCUCCGGGCUGCGGCCCGAGGCCCAGGUGCGGGGCGGGGAGAGCCCUGGCCCGGGCCCGCCUCUCCCUCGGGGGACCAGCUGUCCACCUGCAGCCUGGAGAUGAACUACAGCAGUAGCUCCUCCCUGGAGCCCCGGGGGCCCAACAGCUCUACCUCAGAAGGGGGGCUCGAGGCCUCUCCCGGGGCCGCCCCGGACCUCAGGAGGACCUGGAAGGGGGCCCGGGAGGGGCCGACGUGUGCCUGCUGCUGUGAGCCCCAGACCCCCGCCCCAGACCCCGGAGCGGCAGCGGCCGGGGGCGGCCUCUUGUUCCUGGGCCCCCCGCCCUGUGAGGGCUGCAGUCCCCAGGGUGGGGAGUCACAGCCGGGGAGCUCCCAGGGCCGCUAUGGCCUUCACCCGGACCAUUUGCCCAGGACAGAUGGGGUGAAGUACGAGGGCCUGCCCUGCUGCUUCUAUGAAGAGAAGCAGGUGGCCCAUGGCAGGGGCGGGGGCGGGGGCGGCGGCUGCUACACCGAGGACUGCUCGGUUCGCGUGCAGUACACGCUGGCCCAGGAGCUCCCGCCCAGCUGCCACCCCGGGGCCCGGGACCUGAGCCAGCGCAUCCCCAUCAUUCCGGAGGAUGUGGACUGUGACUUGGGCUUGCCCUCCGAAUGCCAAGGGACCCGGGGCCUCGGCCCCUGGGGUGGGACGCUGCCAGGUCCGGAUGCCCUGUGGCCCCACAGGGGCCUGGGAGCAGCCCAGCAAGAAGAGCGGGUUCCGUGCUGCCUGGCCAGGGCACCGCUGUCACCUCCCUGCCCUCCAGAGGAUGUGGGGGCCCCUGGGGCCAGCUCCCCCAGCGCCCCCCAGGACACUCAGGACUCCAGCGCCACAGCCACUGAGGCUGCAGGACCGAGAUCUCGCCCGGCCGACAGUGGCAGCCCUGGAGCCUGAGCUCAGAAGGAACUCUUCCGUGGAAAUGGGAACUGUACGGAGACUCCAAACUCUGACUUCCUACAGAAAAAAAAAGAAAAAAAAAAAAGAUUUUUUUAGCUUUGACAAACACAAAAGUGGUAAAAAAGAGAGCCCUCCUCAACCCAAAAUGUGAGCCACGUGUGGCAACCGCUUCUCCCAAUUAACAAACCAACAGACAAAAUUCUCUUAGUGUUUUGCCUCUUGAUAACAUGUUACUCUUCUGUUUUGUAAAGUGUGUGUGCUUGGGGUUCGAGGUGUGUGGGAUUGACUUCUCUGCUUUGUUUUUUAAGAUAUUAUAUGUAAAUGUAAAAAGUUAUUUAAAUAUAUAUUUUAAAGAACCCUAACCGCCAACUUUUGCUGAAAAAAAAAAUCACUGCUGCAUUAAUUGAACCACAUCAUGUGUAGAUACUGCUGUCUCCCUGGAGGGAGCUCAGGCCUUUGAAAAGCUCAGGGCUACACCUGCCUUAGAAAAUGAACCAGAAACUUGAAGUAAAGCUAGUUGAUAUGGGUACAAACUCUGAGAACAAUGCAAUGCUGCCUCUUACUUUCUCGUGGCAAAUCCCAACGUACAAAAUGUCAGGCCUUCUUGGAAACCAUGCCUCUCCAGCCCGCACCUUCAGGCAGCUGAUGGAAACAGCUUGGGGUCGGGUGGAAGGUCUGCAGCACUGCGGAGCCGGGACAAGCCAUUGCUACGUAAGCCCCAGGGUGACAGGGACGAUUCUGCGUAGUGUCCUCAGUCUGUCCCCUCUGGUCAUCGUCCUAACUAGAAGGACAGAGUUUACAGUCCUGAUUUUGGGCUUCCUGCCACUGGCUGCAGAGACGGCUCGAUGGGGUGUGGGGGGAGAGACACCCAGGAGGAAUGUACGUGGUUUUUGCAGCCUUGGUGUCUGCCCCAGCUGGGGGAGAGGGGGGAUGGAGGGCGCCCCCGAGCGGGCCUGUGCGCAUGUGUCCGUGUGCGCCCGGCCACCCCCCC